AUGGCUAAUUGUAGCGGUGAUGAGGACAUAGAGAAGUGCAUUACAAGCGAUUUCCAUAAGAAAAGGCCUUCAAAAGAAGAUGUUCUCCACAAACAGUGCGAGCCCUGGAAAGACUAUUCCUGCUGUACAAACGGGCGGACAAUUUCGUCCCAUCAAUCGAUAAAUCACUACAAAUUCAAUCUCAAUCACUGUCCGACUCAACCGAUGAGCAAUAAAUGUCGGAAACACUUCACUCAGGACUUGUGUUUCUACGAAUGCGAGCCAUUCGUGAAGCCAUGGAUUGUAAAAACCAACCGAUCUUUCGCUGAAGAGAGGAUAUAUAAAGUUCCCAUUUGUGCGUCCGAUUGCGACCAGUGGUGGGAGGAUUGCAAAGACGACUACACGUGUACUAACAAUUGGGCCCGAAAUUUCAAGUGGACGAACGGAUCCAACGUCUGUCCCCAUGAGUCACAGUGCGUACCCAUGAGGCAGAUAUAUACCAGCGCUAAAGAAUUCUGCGAAUUGGUUUGGGAUCACUCGUGGAAAUACUCAGUCGAUAAGCAUUGCAUGAAAAUCUGGUUUAAGGCAUCCGAAGGAAACCCCAACAAAGAGACGGCCAAAUAUUAUGCUAACCUCGCGGCCAAUAUUUUAAAUAAACGGAAUAAAAAUCACUAA